GGCAUAUUGGUAGUCCGUGAAAUGAAGGAUGACAAUAGCUGCUUGUUUCGAUCGAUCGGUUAUCUGCUGGAGAACAAUCCAGAAAUAUCUUCUAAAUUAAGAAACGUCGUUUCAAGCAAAAUUCUGGCAGACCCAAUACACUACAAUGCUGCUAUACUAGGAAAAGAUCCCUCUGUAUACGCCAGCUGGAUACUCAAGCCAAAUUCUUGGGGAGGUGGUAUUGAACUCGCUAUUUUGUCUGAGCAUUACAAAGUGGAUUGCUCAUUUUGGUGUUUCUUGUUGCUUUGUUUACUAUUAGGUGAAAAUCAAUAUGAAUCAAGGAUAUUUGUCAUGUACACAGGAAUUCACUAUGAUGCCAUCUCUUGGACACCAGCAGAAAAUGCUCCUCACGACUUUGAACAAAGGCUAUUUAAAAAUCAAGAAGCAGACGAUAUCGCACGCGGAGCAAUAAAGUUGGCUGAGAUUUGGAAAACGCAACGAAAAUUUACCAAUAUGGUCGAUUUCACUCUCAAGUGCGGCAUUUGCUUACUGCCUUUGGUUGGCGAGAAAGAUGCACGAGCACAUGCCAGUUCCACUGGCCAUACUUCAUUUUCGGAAUACUAA